AGACCAGUCAGAAUCUGCAACAGGACAGCUGGAGACACGAGGGAGUCCAUACAGGGAGCAUCAGAGAGAAAGUGAGAAAGAGAAAGAGGGAGACGCUGUUUUCUUUUUAGUUUGAUCUCUCUCUGAGAUACUGAUCAAAAAGCCAAACUGGCAGCAGACGAAACCAAAAGCUUGCUGGAGGAAGGAGAGGCCAAUGCGGAGCAGGCCAACAGGGGACCGGAUGGGCCGGCAGAAAGGGAGUCACCAGGGCCAAUGGUGCGAGUUGAGCUGGAGCUGGAGAUCCCGAUGUCUGUGACACUGCCUAUCGAGGUGCAGCCUGACCUGGCGCACCAGCCGUUCCCCUUCUUGGACACCACGCUGGCUGACCUGGGCAUCCAAGAGUGAGUUUGCUUUCCAGUGUGACAGAAUUUAAAGCAAAUUUGUGUCGAUUUACUAACAGAGGUGGCUGCUUCCAGGUCAGAGGUGAAGGAGAGGAUAGUGUGGGUUGACAACAAGAAGACCAAAGUCAAGAACAAAGAGGGGAAGAUGAAGGAGAAAGAGAUCACCAUCCUGGAGGUGAGACAACUCCACUCUGAUUUACUGUGUUUUUUUUAUUGUUCAAAUAUGGAGCUCGAGGCUCCAGGUGAAGCAGUGUGUCCGUUUUGAUUUGUAGGUGAGAGUGAAAGCCCAGAAACCAGGAGACAAACAGCUCCAGGAGGUUCUGUACAGCACCGAGGCCCACACUGACCGCUCCUUCUGCCGCACAGGAGUGGACAUCUUACCCUGGAAACACACAUCCACAGGUCUGGAAGCAAAUGAAAUCCAUCAGUCAAAUAUUCAGCACUUUAACAUCCGUCUGUCACUGUCAGCUCACACUUCUUUCAGUUUAGAUGUUUUAUCUCAGCCCAUAUUCUAUUUUUAUACAUAUUGUGUCACUCUGCCCUGCAGGAGCCUGAAGUGACCUCUCGAAUAACAGAUUUACCAGACUGAUGUAGAUCACAGUCAUGUGCCAGAACCUCAGGGCGCUGAAAUGAGAUCAUUGUAAACAUUACAUCAUAGUCCACGGUUAAACAUGUGACUUUAGCCUGUUCCGUUUUCCGCUUUCGUCUCUAUCAUUAUGAAACGCACACAAAUUCAAAAAAGACCUCUCUGUCUUUACUUUCAGGGGAAGGUGAACUGGCACCGGUGCAGAUGACUAUGGCAUUGGAGAACCAGCAGCCAGACUCUACCGACACUGAGAGCCAACGAGAGAUAUGAGGAAAUGAGGCACAGCUCUUUACUGGAUUGUGAUUCCAGGAUGAAACUUUGAUUAAGAGUGUUGUCAUUUUCUUUUUCCACACUGUGGUGAGUUUGAAUGGCCUGACCUUAACUGCACAGUGGAACAUGCAUAUUUUAUAGCAUUUGUUUUAAACCUUGCACUUGAUGAAUAACGUGCUGUAUGGAUCUGUUAUAGAGUUUAAAGAGGAAAUAUCAGCAGCAAAAAUGCACUCUCCCAAGACACUUGUAGGCUUAGUUGCUGGCAGCACUUGCACAGUGUGCUGAGGGUGAAUAAGUGCCGGUUUUUGAGUGUUGCCUAUUAGCUCAGUCUGUUCAGUUAGUCAGAGAGCCCUGGGGUUUUCUGCUGCAGUAUUUCUGCCAGAGUUCAUACAACAGACAGCUGCAGAGCCGGCCCAUUAGAGAACCCCCUCUGAAGCAGAAUAUCAAUCUCUUUUAGGCCACGGCGUGAGUGUUUAUGUGGUGAUCAGACAUUCCAAGUCCACAGACUUAACACUCAAGGAUGAGAGGAAAAAUCACAUUUUUAUGGAGAUCAAAUUCAACAUCAGCACAUAACAAGAACAGGAAACCAAAAUACAGUGGCAACAACACAGGAUGGUAAACCGUAACCCUGACAGUCAUAAAACUUUAACAUUGCAUGCAUAUGAGCAAAUAAAUUAAAUGUUAACACUAAGAAAUAGAACUUCCAAAUGGGAAAGUAGCUACACCAGAAUGCUUGAAGUGCUGUUUUUAGAUCAAUUUGGGGGAACGACUCCAAAAACUGUCCAAACUUUCUACCUAAGGUAUAAAAAUCUUUCUUUGCUUCAUUCUGGCUUUCACGAGAGAGUGCGAGGAUGUGCAAAAGGCUACGAGCCAGAAAUGGCCUCGCUUAAUUUGGCCUGCUGCUCUCCUGGAAGUGAAACCGCAGCUGCUUGGAAGUCUUCAGAGUGGUCCUGAGCAAAGUUUUUUAUUAGCAUGGCCAAAGUCUUCUGUGUUUCUGUGGGCGAGAGACAAAAGAGGAGAGAUUGUUAUUGUCAUGUUCUCGAUAACUGAAGGUAAGCUGUUGAAAAAGUCUGAGCUCAGAUCAGUCCAAGUUGGUUCCAGAGAUCACAGGUCGUUAAGAAUUAUGGGUGUUACCAAAGAAAUCCUCACCCUCAUCAACUUUGUUGUUGCCGAGGACGUGAGUGGAUGCAGCGAUGAUGGGCUUCAUAAGUUUUACAACCUAAAAGGAGAGAGAUGUUGAAACGAUACAGAAUAAAUGCUUAAGCUAUAAACGCCCACGCCGACUGACUGAAUGAGGACAACGGUGAAGGAUUCAAAACACAGAGGAUCAUCACUACAGCAUUUCAUAUCUGUCAAAACCAAUUACUCUUCAUUAAACACUGAAGCUCUUGUUUUGCUUUUUGUUGGACAUGAUGUGUUGAAGCUAUUCAGUCAUAAUAAUAAUAAAAACCUUUAAAGAAAA